AUGUUGUCCGAUGGAGUGGCAGUUGACGUACCUUCAUGGCCUAGAGCUUCCCACCUGCGAUGGUACUACCGUGGACACCUACUUCCAAAACGACAGCAACUCUGCAGCACCCAUAGCAUAAAUCUAAUUGACCAUUCGGUACGAAGAGUAUUGGCUGACGUCGCUCGACCAUCAUCAGCUGGCACUCCCUAUACAACCACAAUACCUGACAUUUUAGUAGCUGUUGGACUAGGAUAUGAAGUUUUGUUUGUAGAUGAACUUAUUGCUUCCGGCAUAUACAAAUGGCUGAAUAUUAGAACUAUUGCAUCCGGAUAG